AUGGAAGACAACGGGGAUAGCCAAGCAGGCCCAAACGCGAAAAAUUUUAAAACAAAGAAGCGCAAGUUCAAGAAGUGUGUUGAAGCAAUUGGUGCUUUAACAAGAAGGCAAGUUCAAGAAGGAUUGAUGGAGAAAGUAAAUUUAGAGGUUGUAAGUGAAGAUGUUGAAGGUGAAGGUAAUAGUGAAAUGCGAGUGGACCUUGAAGAUGACGUGUUUGAAGUUGAGGUUGAACAGAGUUUCUUUGCUAAUACGAGCUCUGCGAAACCGCUGAAAAAAACUUUGAAGUCAAAAGUGUCGAAAUUUUUCGACAUACUUCCUUUGGGGGCAGAUGGAAAGGUUCGAAGUGCUUGUAAGAAAUGCGGCCAGCAAUAUCUUGCUUUAAGCAAAUAUGGAACAGGUAAUAUGAGUCGCCAUAUUAAAACUUGUAAGAAAAGAGAUACUCGUGACAUCGGUCAAAUGCUUAUCUCUCGUGAUAGUGGAACUUUAUCUCUUGAUACUUGCAAGUUUGACUCUGAAAAAUGGCGUGAGUUGGUUGCAUCUUGUAUUAUUAUGCAUGAUUUGCCAUUCCAGUUUGUUGAGUACAAGGGGUUAAGAGCAAUGCUACAGUAUUUAUAUCCUGAUGUAGAAUUAAUCUUUAGAAACACUGCUAAGGCUAUUUGUCUUAAGAUGUAUGAGAAGGAGAAAGUAAAGAUUAAGAAUAUGGUGAUUGCAUGCCCUGGUAGAAUUUCGUUGACAUCUGAUUUGUGGAGUUCUUUGACUAGUGAUGGAUAUUUGUGUCUUACUGCUCACUUUGUUGACAAGAAUUGGAAAUUGCAAAAGAGAAUAUUAAACUUUUGUAAUAUGCCACCUCCACACACUGGGAUUGCACUAUCUGAAAAGAUUUAUUCUUUGUUACACGAUGAUUGGGGUAUUGAGGGAAAGAUUUUUACUAUCACUUUGGAUAAUGCUACUUCAAAUGAUGUUUCUGUGGUUUCCUUGCAAACACAAUUGAAUUUGGAUGGUUUGUUGCCUUCAAAUGGGGAAUUUUUUCAUUUGAGAUGUUGUGCUCAUAUUUUGAAUCUAAUUGUACAAGAUGGUUUGAAAAGGAUUGAUUACUCAGUUGAAAACAUUCGUGACACUGUCAAAUAUGUAAAAGCAUCACAAAUGAGGAAGCAAAAGUUUAUAGAGUGUGUGAAGCGGGCUUUUCAACAUUUGGAGUUAAGUGAUUCCAAUUACAAGCAUCACCUUUCUAGUGAUGAAUGGGAAAAAGUUGAGAAAGCUCACAAGUAUUUGAAAGUGUUUUAUGAUGCAACACUUGUAUUUUCUGGCACUAAAUACACCACUUCCAACUUAUAUUUUCCAAAAAUUAUGAACUGCUAUGUGACAUUGAAAGGAGCCUUGGAAAGUGAAGAUGGUUAUUUGAAGGAUAUGGCAUGGCAAAUGUGGGGAAAGUUUCAGAAGUAUUGGUCAGAUUUCAGCCCUAUUUUAUCCAUAGCAUUGGUAUUUGAUCCUCGGUAUAAGAUGCAAAUUGUUGAGUUUUUCUACAAGAAGGCUUAUGGAGAAAACUCAAUUGAGUUGGCAUCAAUGCGGAACAAGUUGGAGCGCCUUUUUGAAGAGUAUAAAGCUAAGUGUGACCAAGGCACAGGUGCAGGUGUAUCACCUUCUGUUUUAAAGAAAGAAAGUAAGAAUAAUGCAGUACCAACUAUGGCUGUUGACAUCGAAGAUGAAUUACUCAAGGAAUUUGAUGAUCUUGUUGAUGAUGACUUCUCUGAUGUUCCCCAAAAAUCUCAAUUAGAGCUUUACUUGGAUGAGCCUAGGGUAAAUAGGAAUGCACCUUUAGAUAUUCUUGCAUUUUGGAAGUCAAAUCAAUUCCGCUAUCCUAUUCUUGCCAUGAUGGCUCGUGACAUCUUAAGCAUCCCGGUAUCAACAGUUGCAUCAGAGGCAGCAUUUAGUAAUGGUGGUCGUGUGUUGGAUCAAUUUCGAAGCUCACUUAAGAGUGAAACUGUUGAAGCACUUCUCUGUACUAAAGACUGGUUAUUUGGAAAUGAAGGUGAUCAUGAUAAGGCAUUACUUGAGGAUUUGAAUGAGAUGACAAAGGAUGUAGUUUCUCUUAGCUUGAAUGAUAAUGCUCAAGCUUCAAACUCGGUUGCUCUUAACUCUUGA